UAAAAGUGUGUGAGGAAUCAAAGUGAUAAUGCAAGGAAAUGACACAUAAUAAGUAGCACAAUGCAUAUUGUUGGUAGUUUUUGUACUUUUAUCACUAUUCAUCAAUAAUGCUAUCCUCACAUUCUAAGGACCUAAAUGAAAUCUAUAAACUUUAAUGUUUUUUCUAAAUGUUCACAUAAUAGAUGGUGAAGCACGGAUUUAAAAUAAAAUUUUUGAUUUAGUGACUUAGUUUACAUUCUAGUCCCAUUUAACUACCUUGACCCAGUCCUAUGCUUAUCUGGUCUUUAAGGUUAUUUUAGCAAAAGUAUUUUUUUUCUAUAUAUUGAUAUAAAUGGUUCAGGAAAGAAAAAGAUUAGUUGAGAUUGGGAGAGGAUAUUGUAGAAAGAGAUAGGAAGACAAAGAGAAAGCAAACAGCAUAAGAGGUACGGUGUAAUAAGAAGAGAUGCAGGGCAGCAAAUUGAGCAGAGGAGGGAAGACAGUGGUUUGCUUAGGAAAUAGGAGUAUAGUGGCCAAUCUGGUGUCAUCGUGGAACUCAGACUAGUUGUACAAAUUAGAAUUGGAAAAUUGGAGCAGCUGAAGAGAAACCAAAUACAGAACUCUGAGAUUUUUUGUUACUUUAUGAUUGAAAAACACUGAACUGUGGAUUUGGAAGAUUGCUGACUUAAAGAAGUUAAAUUGGAGUAUAAAUAGUUUCUGAAAAGGACGCUGACAACUUCAAAGCAAAAUGAAGUUCUUUCUGUUGCUUUCAGCCAUUGGGUUCUGCUGGGCUCAGUAUUCCCCAAAUACUCAAACAGGACGGACAUCUAUUGUCCAUCUGUUUGAGUGGCGCUGGGUUGAUAUUGCUCUUGAAUGUGAGCGAUACUUAGCUCCCAAUGGAUUUGGUGGUGUUCAGGUCUCUCCACCCAAUGAAAAUAUUGUAGUUAGCAGCCCUUUUAGACCUUGGUGGGAAAGAUACCAACCAGUUAGCUAUAAAUUAUGCACAAGAUCUGGAAAUGAAGAUGAAUUCAAAAACAUGGUGACUAGAUGUAACAAUGUUGGUGUCCGUAUUUAUGUGGAUGCUGUAAUUAAUCAUAUGACUGGUAGUGGUGCAAGUGCAGGAACAAGCAGUACUUGUGGAAGUUACUUCAACCCUGGAAAUAGGGAUUUUCCAGCAGUCCCUUAUUCUGGCUGGGACUUUAAUGACGGUAAAUGUACAACUGGAAGUGGAGAAGUUGAGAACUAUAAUGAUGCUUAUCAGGUCAGAGAUUGUCGUCUGGUUGGUCUUCUUGAUCUUGCACUGGAGAAAGAUUACGUGCGUUCCACGAUUGCUAACUAUAUGAACCAUCUCAUUGAUAUUGGUGUAGCAGGUUUCAGACUUGAUGCUUCCAAACACAUGUGGCCUGGAGACAUAAAGGCAGUUUUGGAUAAACUGCAUAAUCUAAACACAAGUUGGUUCCCUGCAGGAAGUAAACCUUUCAUUUACCAGGAGGUAAUUGAUCUGGGUGGUGAGGCAAUUACAAGCAGUGAGUACUUUGGAAAUGGCCGUGUGACAGAAUUCAAGUAUGGUGCAAAACUAGGCACAGUUAUUCGCAAGUGGAACGGAGAGAAGAUGUGUUACUUAAAGAACUGGGGAGAAGGUUGGGGUUUCAUGCCUUCUGACCGAGCACUUGUCUUUGUGGAUAACCAUGACAAUCAACGAGGACAUGGAGCUGGAGGAGCAUCUAUUCUCACAUUCUGGGACUCUAGACUUUAUAAAAUGGCAGUUGGAUUUAUGCUUGCUCAUCCUUAUGGAUUUACACGAGUAAUGUCAAGCUUCCGUUGGCCAAGAUAUUUUGAAAAUGGAAACGAUGUUAAUGAUUGGGUUGGGCCACCAAAUAAUGAUGGAGUCAUUAAAGAAGUUACUAUUAAUGCGGACACUACUUGUGGCAAUGACUGGGUCUGUGAACAUCGAUGGCGUCAAAUAAGGAACAUGGUUAUUUUCCGUAAUGUAGUUGAUGGCGAGCCUUUUACAAACUGGUGGGAUAAUGGUAGCAACCAAGUGGCUUUUGGAAGAGGAAACAAAGGAUUCAUUGUAUUUAACAAUGAUGACUGGUACUUAUCUUUAACUUUGCAAACCGGUCUUCCUGCUGGCACAUAUUGUGAUAUCAUUUCUGGAGAUAAAAUUGAUGGGAAUUGCACAGGAAUUAAAAUCUAUGUUUCCAAUGAUGGAACAGCUAAUUUUUCUAUUAGUAACUCUGCUGAAGAUCCAUUUAUUGCAAUUCAUGUUGAAGCUAAAUUGUAAAAUUCAAAUUAAAUGCAUGUACUCAAAACA